AGAGUCUCUCUCUCAUCAUGGUGCACAAGAUGUUGGCUCGCAUCGUCAGUUUCAUGUUGAGAGCAGUAGUGGUUGUGACAGUGUUUACUCUGGGCCCUGUCCUCACUACUCAGUGUGAUCUUCAACCUCCCAUAUAUGAGUGCUCACAGCUACCACCUCUUGUUGUCGAAUAUGAUAACGUGACCCUGAACACCUGUGGAGGCCUCUUCGACAAGCAACUCUUUGUCAAGCAGGGAGCAGUCACCUAUACUCAGGGUGAUGCUACAAAGACAUACACUGUGGUGAUGGUGGAUCCCGAUGCCCCACGACACGCUGAAGGAGAAUCAUACCUCCACUGGCUGCACUCUGGCCUCCAGACUAUGCUCCUCCCACGCCACCAGCAGGUACUGGGGUCCACAGGUACCUGUUUUACCUUUACCAAGACACAGUAGAAAAGGACACAGAGCUUCAGGCCAUCACAAAGCGUGGUAAAUUUAAACUGUAUGAAUACACCAAACAGAAUGCUCUCUGUGGACCUGUGGCCCAAACUAUGUUCUCCACUCAUUAUUGAGGGCAGCCAGGGUACUAUCAUCCUCCUUGGAUCUCUUAGACACACAGGUGUGUCUGCCAGUAACUGAACACGCACUAUAACUAUUUCCUCUUUUAACAUCCCUAAGAGUCAGUGUCCAAACCAUCAUGAUCACAUUGUUUAAUGUUAUUCUUGCUUACUUUUUGAUACAAUGUAUUUAGAAAUAUUUUUCAUUACUUAAGUAUAUAUUUUAUGCAGAAUGCCAUUCUUCACUAUGAUUUAAUGUUGAUUUUUCUUGUAAUGGUGUAAACAAGCAUUUACAAAUGCAUUAUUUAUUUUGUGUGUGGACAUGCAUGUGAAUUUAAUUGGCUGUGUUAACUGGAUCUGAAGUAACCUAAUGCUAAAUAUUGACAAGUAAACCGGUGUUAACAUGUGCUUAUGCAGCAGUAUGUUAGCAGAGGGAAACUUGUAUACCGCUAGCAACACUAGCUUGGUUGACCAGAAAAUUGGUCUGAAGGUGAGGCUUCUAAGGUAGUAACAGUUCUGUGACCAGUCACACUCACUGGCCCAGGACCUAAGACUGAGGUGUUGUCAGUGCUCAUAUGUCAACCUGCAAUGGAUUUUACCUGAGUUUCAAAACCUUUUUUGUUAAUUGGAAUAGUAUGUUAUUUUUAUAAUGCACUUUACCUUCACUGUAUUGGGAACUUUGAUUUGUGUAUUAACUCUAAAUCAUAUUCUUGCCUGAAUAAAAUCUUGAACAUUA